AUGCCUCCAUCGCCUCUUCCCGCGGACCCCACGCGUCUGCUCAACUUCGCGCUGUCCUCCAUCUCUGAGGCUACCCCAGCCUUUUUGGAGAUGUUUAACAUACUCUACCCCGAACACGCCCUCCCUCCUACUUCCUUCCCUUCUGGAUCCUCCAUCGGCCCCGCCCCGUCUUCGGGGAGUUCGGCCCCGGUCAUGCACACGAUGCGGUUGUAUGUUGUUCGGCAGCCGAUUCCGAGAAAACAUCGUCGGUCCUAUAUCGAGGCCAAGGAUAUGCGGUCGGUCUGUGGGACCGCUGAAGAGAAGCUGGAUCCGGCAAUGGGUUUGAGUGAGGCAAAGUUGUUUAUGAGGCAGAUCCAAGAAUUGGAAGGCGAUGCUUCUGCCCCGGCUUUAGCGUCGUCUUCGGCAUCGGCAUCGGCAUCAACCUUUGGGGCAUAUUGUUUAGCGUCGUCGGGGUACUCGUAUUUGUCAACGCAGACGGAACAGAGUGGGACGAGUGGGAGUGAUGUCGAAGAGAGUAGUGGGGAUGGAGGUGGGAGUGGAGGGGUGACGGGUGGGUUUGGAAGCGGAGGAGGAAGUGGAGGAGGGGAGGGGAGUGAGUAUGAGUCAAUAACGGAUGAGGAACUCGGACUUGUGGGCCUGAUGGAUGGAGAGUACCAGGGCGCGUCGUAUAUUGAUUACCUGCGCAUGUACUUGAUCUCGCACCCAGAGGCACACUUGGACGGCUUCAUGAGCUGCCCUUCCUUCCCCGAAGACCUCUCUGUAAUGUCUCUCGGCCCUUGGACUUCUGCCUCCAGCUCGACCCCUUCCGUCAUCCCUCCAAUUCUUCCCGCUACCACGGUCGCCACCACCACGGUCGCUGUGCUAGAUGGCCCCGGAGACCUGAGCAACGGAACCGGCGAUGACGAUAGCGAUCAAAGUCCAACCGCAGAGGCCUUAAACUCUAAACGGCGCAAGAAGUCCCGCAUCAGCGACGCGUCUUCACAAGACCCAAACCGCUCCUUGCCAGAUUGGUUCCGAGCCCUCAAGAACCAGGAGGGCGAGAUUCGAUAUGAGUCCUGGGUAAUCGGGUACCUGUGGAGGAGCGAUUGGGAACCUUCGUCUGCGGAAAAAGCAGCGGAAGCGGCGGUGGUGAUGGGGUCGGAGCCACAGAACCGGAGGGCGUGGUGGGGCGAGGUGCUGGAGAAUUUUUUGGAGGACCAUGUGUUGAAGAGGUUUGUGAGAAACGAGGUGGUCGAGGGGAGGAUUGGGAUUGACUUGAAGAAGGAAAUGGAUGAAAAGAUACAGAGCCGUAAGCCGACCAGGAGGGUUAUUCGCUAG